ACACAACGAGUGAUCUUUCUCCUGGAUAUGCAGAUUUAAGCAAUGGUCCAAUAAAAUAAUUAUGCGUUGAAGAACAAUAUCUUAUUGGAAAUUGUAUUUUUCUCGAACGGCCUUACUAUUAGGGUUAGAUAUGUGUUGCAAUUUUUGGUGUAUGUGACUUUAUGUGAUGUGUUGCCAUUUUUGUCGUAUGUGAUUUUAUGUGAUGGUUGCGUUAAUUAACAAUCAUAUUAGAUUGACCCAACGCCCCAAGGAAACGCGCGCCAAGCCAAAUCAGACCAAAGUUGGUUUGGUCCAGUUGGGUUGACCUAGAAUGGUAAGACCAGACCUUGGCUAGGGUUUGGGUUGUAUUAGGCCCUCAUUUUGGCGCGUCUGCAAAAUUUGCAAGUUUGCAACGAAGCCUUGGCAUGCUCUGAUUCUCAGGCAACUUACUCUCGACCACCUAUGGCGUGUAAUUCUUCAGCCUGUCAGUCCAACUGCUAUAGAAAUCAAGAUGACGAGGCAACAGUCGAACAAGAUUCACUUCGAACAAACAAGACCGAUCGAUUAGCCGCCACGUACGGAGACAGUGGUGAUACACAUCUCUGCUUUAAAUGCAAGGCCAAGGAGCGCAUGUCUAGCUCUGAAGAAGGAGACGAUGGGCGCUUUUGCAGCGAUUGCUUUCGGAGCAACUUGUUUGCAAAGUUUCGGCAGGCUGUAAACUCGAACGCCAUGAUCUCUCCUUCUGACAAAGUGCUUGUUGCCUUCUCCGGGGGUCCUUGUUCCAGGGUGGCUUUGCAAUUUGUUCAUGAGAUGCAAGUUAAAGCACACAAAAAUUUUGAAGCAAGUAGGGAUAGAUCACUGCAUGUUUUUGGUGUUGGAGUUGCUUAUAUUGAUGAAACCUCUGCUUGUCCUAUCCCUUUGCAUGAGAUAGACAGAACAAUUCAAACCAUCCAAUCAGUUGUGUCAAGUCUAUCUCCACCGAUAAAAGAUUUGCAUAUUGUUCAAAUUGAGAGUGUAUACUCUUCAAAUUUGAGUGACGGAAGGGAGAAGUUGAAGAAGUUAUUAGAUACAGUCAGUGAUGUCACAGGAAAGGAAGACCUUAUCUCACAUUUGCGGAUGUUAUCCUUGCAAAAAAUUGCCGCUGAAAAUGGAUACAACAGACUUGUACUUGGGACAUGUACUUCAAGGAUUGCUUGCCAUGUGAUUUCUUCCACUGUUAAGGGCCAAGGAUAUUCCUUACCGGCAGAUAUACAGUAUGUUGAUGCAAGGUGGGAGGUCCCAGUGGCACUUCCUCUACGUGAUUGUCUUGCACAAGAGCUCAACAUGCUUUGCUGUGCUGAUGGUCUAAAGACAGUGGAACUGACCAAAACAUCCUUUUCUGGCAUCAAUGACUUGGUCUCAUCAUUUGUGGCUCUAUUGCAGGAAGAGAAUCCCUCUCGUGAGUCUACAAUUGUGAGAACUGCUGGCAAGCUUACUCCAUUCAACUUUAGCAGAAUUCCAGAUUUGAAUGAAAGUAAUGGUGUUCCUUUGGCCACCAAAAGGCGUCAAAAGAGAAAUAACUUUAAGCAUGUUAACUCUUUAUCAUCGGAAACAUUUUGUGCAGUCUGCAAUGGUCCACUUAACAUGUCCGAUGUGCAAACUUUAAGGAGUUUUGAAGCUGGCCAGGUAAGUUCAAUUUUGGCUGGUACCUGUUGUUCAAGUUGUCAAUUUCAGAUUCUUCCCAAGGAUUCCAUAUCGCAAGAACUUCUUCUUUCACUCUUGCCACCCUCUAUGGUUGCUCGAGCAAUGCAUGGCAGCCCUAGCAAUUCCAAUUCGCUAAGGGAGAAAAUACAGGAAUUCUUGCUGUCAGAUGAUGAAGUCGAAUCUUAAUCCAGGUUAACAACCAGCAAAAUUGGCUUCUCUCAACAAUGAUAAUUAUACGUGCAUUUGUAGAAUUUAUGGGAAGGCAUCGACUUUUCUUUUCUUAGCUGCGGUUUGCUUUCUUUUCGUCUGUUGCAUUCAGUUCAUUUAUACAGAAACAGAUUCUUUUACACACUGGUAUAUGCUUCUAUUUUAGGUUCCUAACAUAUGCUAGACUGCCUGAUUAUUCAUCACAUAAAAUGCUGAUUAUGAAAAAUCUUUUAAUGUUUAA